AAACCGUGGCACUUGUGGUGCUCACUCACACUGCAUUCUGGCCUUCUUCCAGCUGAUAGCCGUGCCUUCUUUUGGAACUUUCUUGAAAAUCGCCAGCAGAUGCGGGUUCCCAGCUUCUCCCUUUGCUCGUUUUCAUUCGAGACAGCAUGAGUCCUUCUCUGAAUUGUCUCGCUGGCCGUAGGGCGCUUGCCCUUCGCCCGCAGCGGGGCAGCUUACUUGCCACUCUGAAGCAGUGUGCUUUUACCUUUGGUUUGAAAACGACACCUCUAUUGGAAAGUUCAAAACAUACUUUGGCUACAACAAGCCUUCGGGGACUUACCCGCCCACACCCGCUGUCCCUGCAGCACCAUGUCUCGCAGGUUACCGCUGUCGCGCGGUAUGCAUCCGGGCAGGCAUCGGAUCCGCACGACGAGGAGCUACCUAGCACCCCGCCGUUCACCGCAGGCCCUUAUUCUAACCUCACUAUUGGAGUACCCAAGGAAAGCUAUCCUGGUGAAAGAAGGGUCGCAAUCACGCCACAGAACGUGAAACUCUUGCUCAAGAAAGGCUUUUCGCGAAUUCUCAUCGAGCGCGGAGCUGGCAGUGCAGCACAAUUUACAGACGAAGCAUACGAGCAAGUCGGUGCCCAAACUGUUGAUCGCAGGAAUGUCUUCUCGGAGAGUGACAUCUUGCUCAAGGUUCGGGCCCUCAGCAUCAAUGGAAAGGACAGUGAAGUGGAUGCUAUCCGAGAGGGCGCGACUGUCAUCUCCAUGCUCUAUCCAAUGCAGAAUAAGCCGACCGUUGAUCGAAUUGCUUCCCGCAAGGCCACUGCAUUUGCCAUGGACAUGAUCCCGCGAAUCUCACGAGCGCAGGUCUUCGAUGCACUGUCGUCCAUGGCGAACAUUGCUGGUUACAAAGCUGUUUUAGAAGCUUCAAAUCAUUUCGGUCGUUUCUUGACUGGCCAAGUGACUGCUGCUGGAAAGAUCCCCCCAUGUAAGGUUCUAGUAAUCGGCGCUGGUGUCGCAGGCCUCAGCGCGAUCGCUACGGCUCGACGUAUGGGUGCCAUCGUCCGUGGUUUCGACACUCGCUCUGCAGCACGUGAGCAGGUCCAAUCUCUAGGUGCGGAAUUUAUCGAAGUCGACAUUGCCGAAGACGGCUCAGGAGCUGGCGGCUAUGCUAAGGUUAUGUCUAAAGAGUUCAUCGAGGCUGAAAUGAAGCUCUUCUAUGACCAGUGCCGGGAGGUUGAUAUCGUCAUUACCACUGCUCUGAUCCCAGGCAAGCCCGCACCAAAGCUGAUCACAAAGGCUAUGCUCGGCGCGAUGAAACCCGGCUCCGUAAUCGUGGAUCUAGCGGCCGAAGCUGGUGGUAACUGUGAAGCUACUGAGCCUGGACGGCUGGUGGAUUAUAAGAGUGUCUCUGUCAUAGGAUACACCGACCUUCCAUCCCGUUUACCCACCCAGUCGUCAACUCUGUACUCUAACAACGUCACCAAGUUCCUGCUUUCGCUCAUCCCAAAAGAUAAGAAGGAAAAGUACUACGAUGUCGAUCUCACUGACGAAGUCACUCGCGGGGCCAUUGUCACAUACAAUGGCAAAGUCCUUCCUCCCACUCCGCGUCCGGCCCCUCCACCGGUCCAAGCCAAACCUGCACCUUCGCCUGCCGACCAAGUUGCCAACACUGUUGCCCUGACACCGUGGCAGACGCAGUCCCGGCAAGUGGCUAGUGUGACGGCUGGUAUGACUGCUGCACUAACGCUAGGUAAAUUCACGGGCCCACUAUUCAUGUCUAAUGCUUUCACAUUCGCUCUGGCCAGUCUUAUAGGAUACCGAGUGGUCUGGGGCGUUGCACCUGCCUUGCACUCUCCGCUCAUGAGUGUAACGAACGCCAUCUCUGGUAUUAUCGGUGUUGGUGGCUUGUACGCUAUGGGUGGUGGCUAUCUGCCCGAGACCAUCCCGCAAACCCUCGGAGCCUUGUCGGUUCUAUUGGCCUUUGUUAACAUCUCGGGAGGUUUCGUUAUCUCCAAGCGAAUGCUGGAUAUGUUUAGACGACCUACUGAUCCUAAAGAGUACCCAUGGCUUUAUGCAGUCCCCGCAGCUCUCUUUGGUGGCGGUUUCAUCGCAGCAGCUUCCACUGGCAUGGCAGGUCUGGUCCAAGCAGGUUACCUUGUCAGUAGUGUUCUCUGCAUGACCUCGUUGUCAGGACUUGCGUCGCAGACAACAGCUCGUCGCGGUAAUUUCUUGGGUAUACUUGGUGUUUUCUCAGGUUUUCUGGCAUCCCUGGCUGCCGUCGGCUUUUCUUCUGAUGUUCUCACCCAGUUCGCUGGUCUCGCUACGGUGGGUACUGUUGCCGGAUUGAUGAUCGGGCGAAGGAUCACGCCUACGUCGCUGCCUCAGACAGUCGCAGCACUGCAUUCGGUCGUCGGUCUUGCUGCUGUACUCACGAGUAUCGGUAGCGUCCUGGGCCACUCUGGAGAUAUCUCAACUCUUCAUAUGGUUUCCGCCUACCUUGGUGUUCUCAUCGGUGGUGUUACCUUCACCGGAUCGAUUGUCGCCUUCCUCAAGCUAGCCGCAAAGAUGAGCUCGAAACCUCUGGCGCUGCCUGGCCGGCAUCUCAUCAAUAGCACAUUACUGGGGGCGAAUGUAGCAACCAUGGGCGCCUUCUUGACCUACGCACCGGGCGCACCUCUUAUCGGCGCAGCAUGUCUCGUUGGGAACGCAGCUCUAUCCUUUGUCAAAGGCUACACGACUACUGCUGCCAUUGGCGGAGCAGACAUGCCAGUCGUUAUCACCGUCCUGAACGCAUAUUCCGGGUUCGCAUUAGUAGCCGAGGGUUUCAUGUUGGAUAACCCUCUUCUAACAACUGUUGGUGCCCUUAUCGGAGUAUCAGGCUCAAUUCUGUCAUAUAUUAUGUGCAUGGCAAUGAACAGGUCGCUCACCAACGUCCUCUUCGGUGGCAUAGCCCCCACAGUUCAGUCCCAGGCCAAGGUCGAAGGCGAGAUAACCAAGACCACAUCUGAAGAAACAGCUGAAGCUCUCGUCAACGCAGAAAACGUCAUCAUCGUAGUCGGUUACGGCAUGGCCGUGUCGAAAGCACAAUACGCACUCGCCGACUUUGUCAAAAGCCUGCGUGCCAAAGGCAUCAACGUGCGCUUUGCCAUCCACCCAGUCGCAGGUCGCAUGCCAGGACAAUGCAAUGUCCUCCUCGCCGAAGCAUCCGUCCCCUACGACAUUGUCCUCGAGAUGGACGAGAUCAACGACGACUUCCCGGAUACAGAUGUCACCCUCGUUAUCGGCGCAAACGAUACCGUUAAUCCCAUUGCGCUGGAACCUGGUAGUGCUAUUGCGGGCAUGCCGGUGCUGCAUGCGUGGAAGAGCAAGCAGGUUGUUAUUAUGAAGAGGGGUAUGGCGAGUGGAUACGCCGAUGUGCCUAAUCCGAUGUUCUUCAUGGAGAAUACGAAGAUGUUGUUUGGUGACGCUAAUGAGAGCUGCAAUGCUAUCAAACGCGCACUAGAGGAGAAGAUUAAGGGGCUGUAGAUAGGUUUCGCAUGGGGGGGUGAAGUACUUGCAUCGCCGUUCGUGAUCCGUAGACAGUGUUUUGAAAGAGAGUGCCUGCAUAGUCUAUACUUUAGUAGCAAAGAUAGUUUUUCGUGUGGUUCCGCCCGUUCAAAACAGCGUGUCUUUCCUGUUUCCUGCAGGAUCACAAUGGUUCGCAAUGGAUCCAUCUGGCCCACUACGAGAAAUCCGAUGAAGAGCGGGGCAGACACCCCUGUCAGCCACGCGCUGCAACGCGUCCAACGGC